UUUGCGAUUAUUUUCACAUGUCUUCUAAGGUUUAUAUUAAAUUUUAAGUGACGUAAUUACUGUGUCUUUUAUGCCGCCAAUGACUAAAAUCGUAUUUUCAGGCCUCAUUGAAAAUAUACUGAACCAGGAUUCUGGUGGACUUAAAAAAGGGGAGCUGGCAGUCCACGCCCUCUUCCGCAGCUCUGGCCAGUAGUGUGUCUUGGGGGGCGUGGCCAGAAUAGCAGGCGUGUUUGGCAACAGGUUGCUCCGGCAGCCAGAAGGAGCAGGAGGCGCCGAUAUCCCCCCCCAGCCGCUCAUCCCUCCGCGACGUUUCAGGAGAUUUCCGGGCAGGCUACCUGUGCACCAACUAGGAAGUGGACAUGAGCACCUUAUCCGCCGAGAAGAAGCCCCUAGUGGACUACGGUGUUCAGAUCCGAUUCAUCAAGGACCUCCAAGACACGGGCGGGGCAGCUCUAGACAAGCCCAGAGGAAGUAAUGCCCCCUCACCCAAUCCCGCUAGCAAAUACGGCGUGGCAGUGCGUGUUCAAGGGAUCUCCGGGCAACCGUAUGUGGUUCUGAACGACAGCGCCAAGGGCGACUCGUAUGGCGUUCAGCUCAAUACACCGGCUGCCAGCCCCGCGCCGCCCUCAUCGCCAUACAAGAAUGCUCCCAAAAGCAACGGCGCAGCGGAGUUCACAAACCCUCACAGCGCCAGCGUGAGUAAUACACACACCCCUGAGGACGAGGAUGGGGAAAUCUACCACAGCCCCCUGAGAAGACCACCAGGGGAUGGUCAGGCGGGGAGUCACGGGGAUGAGGAGGCGAGGACUGCGGAACCCCAAGUCAAAGCAGCUACAAGUGAAGAACAGAGAGACUGGGACUGCACUAGUCAGGAAGAGUACAAUGAAGCUGGGUUGAAACCAGUCAAGGUGAGCGUUGCCAGACCUAGGAAAUUCAAACAAAACAGUUUUGCAGGGUCCCCUUCAAAAUACGGCACCCAGCAGGUUCCAGAAUCUCCUACGGAUUCCUCUGUCCUGACAGACGAGAAACCAAUCGACACCAACUCCCUCGCUCCGAUCAACAAGCUCAUCAGUAAAUUCAACAAUAGAACCCCGGCUGGCUCUCCCCAGACCCGGGGCCGAAGCGGCGCCAGACAGCAGCUCAAGUUUGAAGAACGCAAGCGAUCUAAAAGCUUGGACGCUCGGAAGGAGACUUCCAGCCCCUCACUGCCUGCGCCGACCUUCAAUCCUUACGCUUCACCUCUGUCCUCCGACUUGUCAAAUCGUGAACCCGCAUCUCGCGAGGGCCUACAGACGGGUUUCGCAUCACAGGCGAAGUACGGCCCGAAGGAGACAUCUCCAGUCAUCGCUCAAAAACCCGCGAUCCCACCGAGGACGCGAGUCGACGGUGGCGGGGAGAAGGCCCGAGCCAAGCACGCGAUUUACAAUGGUGGGAAAGAAGGCACCAAUGAGAAUGAAGCAUCCCACGAAAGUAAAACCACCCUUGGAUAUGAGACCAGCAAUAGUUUAAAGAGGGAUGGAAGCCAGAAAAAAUGUCACCUCGCAGAACUCGAGGAGGAACUCGCUUACUGCAAGAAGCAACUGCAACAAGCCCACGAAGAAUUGGCCGAGGAGCGCAUCAGUCGAGAGAUGGCCGAGUCUCGCCUGCAUCUACAAGAGGAUCACUUGGCCGAGCUCCAGGAGGAGCUUCGGAUGGUCUCAGAAACGUCACCCGACCCGGACUCGCUGCGGACGGACGUGGCCAGCUUACAGGCGGAGCUGGCCGAGGCGUCGGCGCGGCGCCAGCGGCAGGACGAAAUUCUGCGGCAGCGGGAACGCGAGCUGACGGCCCUGAAGGGCGCGCUCAAGGAAGAGGUGGAGUGUCACGACCGCGAGAUGGAGACGCUCAGAGAGCAGUACGCACUCGACAUGGGCAACCUCAGGAAGACCAUGGAGCAGCUUACACAGUCUCAGGAGCAGAUCGAGGAGGAGCGCGAGCGCGUCAAUGCGUCGCUGGUGAGCCUGGAGGAGGAGCUGGACACCUGCAGGGAUCAGGGAGACCACUGGAAGUCGCAGCUUGACGCCGCCUCGCAAGAGCUCCAAGAAGCGCAACAAAAGCUUCUGAAGUGUGUUUCGGAGAAGGAGGAAUUUGAGAGCAGGCUGAAGGAAGCCCAGGACUCACGACUCGGCACGCACAAGCGGCACUUGCCCGCUUCGGCAGAGGAGCUUCAGCGUUGCCACGACGAUUUGCGCCAGGCCCGUCUGGCGGCGGACGAGCAGAGGGACGCCCUCCGCGACAAGAGCGAGGCCCUGGAAACCCUGAGGAGGGAGAGCGGCGAGCGCGAGGCCCAGCUCCUGGCGCAGAUCAGCGACAUCGAGGCUCAGAAGGCCCAGCUGGAAAAGGCCCUCCAGAAAGCCAAGGAGGCAUCUUCAUCUUCAGUGGUGGAUCACGGCGCCAACUCGGAGUUCCAGGAGACAAACACUCGCCUGAGAGAGCGGAUCGCUCGCAUGAGGCUGCAGUCCAGCGCAGCCAGAAGCCCCGAGGCCGAGGAGGCGAAGGAGGCCCUGGAGGACGAGAACCGGUCCCUCAAGUCCCAGCUGGAGGAGGCCAAGCGAGGGGCGUCGCGCCUGACCAAGGAGAGGGACGAGCUGACCCGUCGUCUCGAGGAGAGGGACCUGGAGCGGGAGGCCCUGCGGCGGGGCAAAGGCGACCUGGAGGAGCAGAAGAGGCUCUUGGACCGAGCGCUGGAGAAGAUGAACAAAGAGAUGGAGGUGGUGAUGGGCGAAUCGCGUCAGUCGGUGGCCGCCCUGCAGACGCAGCUGGACGAGUGCAGGGAUCGCUCCAGGAAGGACUUGUUGGAGGCCCAGCGCCACAACAAGGACAGGAUGGCCGAGCUGCACAGGGCCCAGAGCAACCUCAAGACUCAACAGGAGGAGGUGUCGCGACUGAAGAAGGAACUGCUGGGCUGCAGCGAGGAGCGAGACAGCGCUCAGCUGGAGCGGGACCUCCUCGGCAACCGCCUCAAGCACCUGGAGAGCGAACUGGAGUCGCAGAAGGGAACGCAUACGGACCGCACCCGUGAGAUCAGGGGGCUGGAGGAUAAAAUCAAGACCCUGGAGAUCGAGCUGGACGAGGAGCGGAGCACCGUGGAACUUCUGAACGAUCGAAUCACGCGCGGCAGAGAUCAGGUGGACCAGCUCCGCUCCGAGCUGAUGCAGGAGCGCUCGGCUCGACACGAUCUGGAGAUGGACAAGAGUGCGAUCGAGAGACAGGUGAAGGAGCUGAAGUCGCGCGUGGCCGACAUGGAGGGCCAGACGCGACCCUCGGCCAACAUCGCCGUGCUGGAGAGCAAAAUGAAGGAGCUCGAGGAGAGGCUGCGCAGUGAAGAACGGGAGAAGAGCAGCAUCCAAGCCUCCCAGAGACGAACGGAGAGGAAGCUGAAAGAGGUCAACGCCACGCUGGACCAGGAGAGGAUACAGCACGUCGAACAAAAGGAUCAACUGACCUUGCGCGUGAAGGCUCUGAAGCGGCAGGUGGACGAGAGCGAGGGGGAGGUGGAGCGUCUGGAGGGCGUGCGCAGGAAGGUGCUGAGGGAUCUGGAGGAGCAGCAGGAGCUCCAGGAAGCGCUUCAGGCCAAAGUCACGGCCCUGGAAUCGGAAUUUAAGCGGAAGGCGCAGCAAUCCCACCGCAGCGCUUUGGCCACGCUGAGCUCCGAGGACGACGACGCUUUCUACGACGUCAACGUCGCCGCCAUCCUGAACGAGAGCCACUCCAACUGCUGAUAGCGGACCACGGGGAAAGCCUCGCACUCGCUGCUGUUAUUUUUGGUCGGGCAGUGUAAUGGUCACCUGCGUUAUGAGGUACUGUUCAGCUGUGGCCGCCUCACUUCUUUCCUUUUUUUUCACAAAUGUUCACAGCGCUGUUGCUGCUGCAGUGCAUUAAUGCGUGACAUCUCUCAGUGUUAAACUCCUAUUUUUCUCAUUAAUGUCAGGAUUUUAUUUUUUUUUUACCCAACAAAUUACAACCUUUUUUCCUUGUGAAAUAGUGACAUUUUCCUUGGAUUGUUUGCCGUUUCUCCCAUGGAAAAAAAAACAAGUUUUUCCUCUGAGUGCAACUUUUUUCUCACAACUUAAGUCUUUAUUAUCCAUAAAUUAACUCAAAUUCUAUCUCUAUUCUCCUAAAAUUCUGGCAUUUUUUUUCCUUCUACAAAAACGUGGUAGGUUUUUGUUAAAUCUUUUUUUUUGUAAAUUUUCCACUCGUAAUAUUGUCUCACAAAAUUGUCAAUUCAUAAAAUCAUGUGGAUUUUUUUUUGUGCAAAACUUUUUUUUGUCUGUUGUUUACUCAUACAAUCUUUUUAUUUUAUUUUUCUCAAUGAACUGACUCCCCCCCCGCCAAAAUUACAGCUCUCCCUCACUAGUUUAUUUUAAUUUUUUUACUCAUGAAGUUUGAUUAUUUUUAAAAAUUCUUUUUCUCAUCAAAUUUCAACUUUAACUUUUUUCUCACAAAAUAUUUUACAAUUGACGACUGCGACUGUUAUGACAGUUUGUUUUUUAUCGUUAGUUGCAUGUUAAGCCUCAUCUCGCUGUUUGUUUUUGUAUUGAAAGUGAUGUACUGAUUUAAUUUUGUAUUUUACAAUUUUAAUGUUUUCAUAAUCUGAGCCUCCACUGGACACAAUUUGCUGUGUAUACUAUUCGAGACAAUCACACACAUUGGCACUGUGAAUCGAAUUCUAUUUUUGACCCAAAUAUGAAACGUUUGUUUUUACCGGAAUGCUUUAGAAAUGUUUGAGGUUGUCCUUUAAAUAUUGUUUGCAUGCUGUUUAAUUUUUGUUUGUUUUUUUGUACAUGGCCUUAUUUGAAGGAUUUCUUUUAUUACUACCGUGAAUGUUUAGAAGGUAAUCGUUAAAAAAAAAUGUGUAUUUGUGUGAUACAGUGCUGCAGUUUUAGUAGACAUUUGACAUAUAGAUUUUGAAUAAUAAAAAGAGCCCCACGUGA